AUGGCUGUUCCUGCUGCCCGUGGGAAGUUAAUUGCAGUAAUAGGAGAUGAAGACACGUGUACCGGGUUUCUGCUUAGUGGAACCGGGGAAGUUGAUAAAAACCGACGACCUAAUUUCUUUGUUGUUGAUAAAAACACAUCGUUAAUUGAUAUUGAAGAUGUGUUUCGAACUUUUGUAGGACGGGAUGAUAUUGCUAUUAUCUUGAUCGUACAAAAUGUUGCCGAAAUGAUUCGUCAUCUUAUAGACUCUCAUAAUGUCGCCAUACCGGCCAUAUUGGAAAUACCCAACCGUGAUAUUCCGUACGAUGCUAGCAAAGACACUAUUUUAAAAAGAGCAAAAGGCUUAUUCAGUGCUGAAGAUUUUCGUUAG